AUGACAUCGUCUCCGCCGCGCAUCCCAAUCCCUAAGAAUGGCGUCGAUUACCGGGGCAAGGUCGUCCUUGCGCCGAUGGUCCGCUCCGGAGAGCUGCCAUCGCGACUGCUUGCGCUCAAGUAUGGCGCAGACCUUGUGUGGGGUCCAGAAACCAUCGACCGCGCCCUAAUAGGCACAACACGGCGCGAAAACCCCAUGACCAACACCAUCGACUUCACGCGCCCCUCCUCCAACGGCCUCAAGAAUUCCGCACACAACCCCGAUCAGCGCGAAAGCGUCAUAUACCGCCUCCACCCCACUCAAGAGCACAAGAAGCUGAUCUUCCAGAUCGGCACCGCGAAUCCCGAGACCGCUGUCCAGGCCGCCAAGCUCGUCGCCGCAGAUGUUGCGGGCAUCGACGUCAACAGUGGGUGUCCAAAGCCAUUUUCCACAAGCGGAGGCAUGGGCGCGGCGUUGUUGCGGACGCCGGAUACGCUGUGCAGAAUUCUGGAGGCGCUGGUUAAGGAGGUGGGCGAGCCGCAUGAGAUCGGUAUUUCGGUUAAGAUACGGCUGUUAGAGACGCCUGAGAAGACGGAGGCGCUGGUUAGGAGGCUCGUCAAGACGGGCAUUACGGGAUUGACUGUGCAUUGUCGGACUACACCUAUGCGGCCCAGAGAGCGCGCGAUUAGGGAGCAGCUGAAGAUGAUCGCUGGAGUGUGUCGCGAGGCAGGCGUGGCGUGCGUUAUGAAUGGGGAUGUGGAGAAUCGGGAACAGGCGGUUCAGCUUAUGCAGGAGUACGGUUGCGACGGCGCCAUGAUUGCCACGGCCGCUGAGCGCAACUCCAGUGUCUUCAGGGCGAAAGAAGAUGGCGGCCGUGCAGGCUGGAAGGAGCUUGUCAGGGAGUACAUGCAGUUCGCGCUGGAGGUGGAGAAUAGAUGGGGCAAUACGAAAUUCCUGCUCAGCCAGAUGAUACCUGGCAAGGAAGCGAGCUACAUGCGGAUGAACCAAAGCAAGGGAUAUGAACAGCUCAUCGAGGCACUGGGCUUUGAAGAUCUAAGGGAUCUGGCGAAGGACGUGGAUGAUAGGCUAGGCCUCAACAACCGGGUCGACAAGCCUACGAAGAGGGCGAAUGCAAGAGAGGAGAACAAGCGCAAGCAGAUGGAGGAGGCGGGAGAGGACAGUCAAACCAAGAAGAUCAGGGUGCCGCCGGCAGCGCUAAACAAGCCGCUUGAGUCCAUAGUGGUGCCAGAUGCCGCUGCUGAAGUUGCACCAGGAACGGCGCUGAGUAUUUAG